AUGUCUAUUAGUAAUACAGGAAGUAUUGAUCUUGAAUCAGUUUUGAAUGUUCGUCGUCGAACAUUAGCAUCAAUUGGUGAAAAAGCAUCAUCUCGUGCACGAUCUCAUUAUACAGAUACUAUUUAUUUAAAACGUGAAGAUAAUUCCAAUUCAUUAUUCUCAAUUGACUCUAAAAUUCUCAUUUUUGGUGAAUUACAAUUUCUAUGUACAAUAUUCGAACGUUAUACAUCAACUAUCACAGUUUAUGAAGACAAAUCUACUGACGCCACUCCAUCAUCUCCAGCAACCUCAGCUAAACCAAGUUUUUCAACAGUCGAAGAAAAUGAUCAAGAUGAAGAAGAACUACCAAUGGUUACAACACUUCGUCAAACAUCCAUAUCAUCAUCUAAAGAAUCAUCAAGUCCACCACAUGCACCAGGUAGUCCAUCAAGAAAAAAAACUUUAAGUUCUAUUGGUCGAUCUCAAACUAUUGGUACAUCAGUAAGCGAUUAUUCAUUACAAAAUCUUGAAGGUAAACGUUAUGGUUGCAUUGAACUUCCGAAUACAUCUAUGAUUGAAAUUCUUGAAAUACUUUUCCGUACACGUAUGGAAUUAGUUGAUGAAUCAAGUGAUUAUGACAAUAACAAUGUUCUUCAUCAAAAUUUUGUUUUCUCAAAAGUUUGUCCAAUAUUACCAAAAUCUGGACGAGCUCUUUCACGAUCGACAUCAUUUGCUGGCACUUAA